UAACAAAGAACAGUGAGGUUGGAGGGUGUGGCUCAGGAAUUCUCCACAGACCUCUCUCCUUCGUGUUCUUUCACAGGUUUCUUUCCGCAGGUUUAACUCUGACUAGACUUCUCUGGGAACCGUAGGUUUAACUCUGACUAGACUUCUCUGGGAACCGUAGGUUUAACUCUGACUAGACUUCUCUGGGAACCGCAGGUUUAACUCUGACUAGACUUCUCUGGGAACCGCAGGUUUAACUCUGACUAGACUUCUCUGGGAACCGCAGGUUUAACUCUGACUAGACUUCUCUGGGAACCGCAGGUUUAACUCUGACUAGACUUCUCUGGGAACCGUAGGUUUAACUCUGACUAGACUUCUCUGGGAACCGUAGGUUUAACUCUGACUAGACUUCUCUGGGAACCGUAGGUUUAACUCUGACUAGACUUCUCUGGGAACCGUAGGUUUAACUCUGACUAGACUUCUCUGGGAACCGUAGGUUUAACUCUGACUAGACUUCUCUGGGAACCGCAGGUUUAACUCUGACUAGACUUCUCUGGGAACCGUAGGUUUAACUCUGACUAGACUUCUCUGGGAACCGUAGGUUUAACUCUGACUAGACUUCUCUGGGAACCGUAGGUUUAACUCUGACUAGACUUCUCUGGGAACCGUAGGUUUAACUCUGACUAGACUUCUCUGGGAACCGCAGGUUUAACUCUGACUAGACUUGUCUGGGAUAUUUCUCUCCACCACCAAACCUGUGCUGUAUUUUACCAUGGGAGUCGUAGGAGGAAUCAAAUGCAUCAAAUACCUAAUGUUCAUGUUCAACUUCCUCUUCUGGUUGGCAGGAACAGGAGUGUUGGCCGUAGGGCUGUGGCUGAGUUUUGACUCUCGGACUGUGGGACUGUUCGGUGGAGAGGACUCUCCUUCUCUCUUCUUCACCGGUGUGUAUAUUCUGCUGGCUGCGGGGAUGUUGAUGAUGGUUGUCGGGUUCCUGGGCUGCUGUGGAGCCAUUAAGGAAUCCCCCUGUAUGCUCGGACCGUUCUUCUUCUUCCUGUUGUUGAUCUUUGGGGUGGAGGUAGCAGCAGGGAUCUGGGGGCUCUCCAAUAAAGACACGGUGGUGGAAGACAUCACAGAGUUCUACAAGCAGACUUACAAUAACUACAUGAACACCAAGCAUGAGGCCCUGAAGGAGACAUUACGCCUCAUACACUUUGGACUGAACUGCUGCGGCCUGACAGGCACGAUAAUUGACAGCGCCAGGGAGACCUGCCCAAAGAAGGAAGGACUGGAGGCUCUGAUUACCACGGUAACAAACAUAACCCCUGCCGCAACAACUAUUUGAGUGACGAGCUAUUAUAUUAUAGGGUAGAAGUGUAUAUUAUAGGGUAUUAUAGGGUAGAAGUGUAUAUUAUAGGGUAUUAUAGGGUAGAAGUGUAUAUUAUAGGGUAGAGGUGUAUAUUAUAGGGUAGAAGUGUAUAUUAUAGGGUAGAGGUGUAUAUUAUAGGGUAGAAGUGUAUAUUAUAGGGUAGAAGUGUAUAUUAUAGGGUAGAAGUGUAUAUUAUAGGGUAGAGGUGUAUAUUAUAGGGUAGAAGUGUAUAUUAUAGGGUAGAGGUGUAUAUUAUAGGGUAGAGGUGUAUAUUAUAGGGUAGACGUGUAUAUUAUAGGGUAGAGUGUAUAUUAUAGGGUAGAAGUGUAUAUUAUAGGGUAUUAUAGGGUAAAAGUGUAUAUUAUAGGGUAGAAGUGUAUAUUAUAGGGUAGAAGUGUAUAUUACAGGGUAGAAGUGUAUAUUAUAGGGUAGAAGUGUAUAUUAUAGGGUAGAGGUGUAUAUUAUAGGGUAGAGGUGUAUAUUAUAGGGUAGAGGUGUAUAUUAUAGGGUAGAGGUGUAUAUUAUAGGGUAGAGGUGUAUAUUAUAGGGUAGAAGUGUAUAUUAUAGGGUAGAGGUGUAUAUUAUAGGGUAGAGGUGUAUAUUAUAGGGUAGAAGUGUAUAUUAUAGGGUAGAGGUGUAUAUUAUAGGGUAGAAGUGUAUAUUAUAGGGUAGAGGUGUAUAUUAUAGGGUAGAAGUGUAUAUUAUAGGGUAGAGGUGUAUAUUAUAGGGUAGAAGUGUAUAUUAUAGGGUAGAGGUGUAUAUUAUAGGGUAGAGGUGUAUAUUAUAGGGUAGAGGUGUAUAUUAUAGGGUAGAGGUGUAUAUUAUAGGGUAGAGGUGUAUAUUAUAGGGUAGAGGUGUAUAUUAUAGGGUAGAGGUGUAUAUUAUAGGGUAGAAGUGUAUAUUAUAGGGUAGAGGUGUAUAUUAUAGGGUAGAGGUGUAUAUUAUAGGGUAGAGGUGUAUAUUAUAGGGUAGAGGUGUAUAUUAUAGGGUAGAGGUGUAUAUUAUAGGGUAGAGGUGUAUAUUAUAGGGUAAAAGAGUUGUAGCAGUGUGUAAUCUCAGUGUGUUGUUCUGUCAGAGUUGCCCAGCGGCCAUUGACGAGGUGUUCAACUCUAAACUCCAUAUCAUUGGAGGAGUGGGCAUCGGAAUUGGAGUCCUCAUGAUCUUUGGGAUGAUCUUCAGCAUGCUGCUGUGCUGUGCCAUCAGGAGGUCCCGUGACAUCAUGUAGACUCAGACUCUGCCAUUCCGUCCACUUAACUUAUCUGUGUGUCUGUCCUGUUAAAUGCUCACUAGGUUUGUACUGCCAUUCGAGAUAGUUGUCAGUUUUAGGCUGGCAGCCAACCAGCCAGCCAGCCAACCAGCUAGCCAGCCAACCAGCUAGCCAGUCAGUCAGGCUCUACCCUGGAUGGAAACUCAGUCUCCUGUGAAUGUGUGGAGCCGUGCUGAGGUUUUGUAACAAUGUAAUCAGUGUAUCGUUUCAUCACUGUAGAAGCAAAACGCCUUCAAAUCUGCCAGAAUUUAAUCUGAUGUAUGUGCUUUAAAAACCUGACUAUGUUUCUCCUCAUAUUGCCUGUUUGUUCAGCUACAUGGACUGUAACAACUUUAUGGCAGAGUACAGAUUUUAUAAACAUUUUUAUUGCAACUAUUUUGAUGAACUAAGAUGUAUAUUUCUUUGAAUUGCCAAAUAAAAUGACUUAAUAUGGA